CCUCGCUCCCUCACGCUUUCACACCGAUGAACACGCUGUGUGAUGAUUGCUACAUGUGGGCAACAGUAGAUAUCUCUACACAAGAACAGAGCCACGCUAAACCCGUCGGAUAAAGCAGAUUCUCCAGCCUGAAUCAAAGAGCUGUCAUCUACAACGGCAGUGAACUGUAAAGGCAAAUCAGCCCUUCACUUGUUCCUACAGUACAACCGACUGGAAGAAACUGCAUUGCAAGGACAUUCAGGCCAUGAAAACUAGACUAGGGUGCCUGUCUAACAAAUCAGACUCAUGCAGCGAUUUUUCAGAAUUCCUGCCUCCUGCUCAGGAGAGAUCCACAAGAUACUUGAACUGAUCAUGUUUGGCUUUCUUAGGUUAUCCACUGAUGAAGUGACCAGAUGGGCAGAUUCAUUUGACACUCUGCUGUCCAAUAAAUAUGGUUUGGCAGCCUUCAGAACCUUCCUCAAAACAGAGUUCAGUGAUGAAAACAUCGAGUUCUGGUUGGCUUGUGAGGACUAUAAAAAGAUCAAAUCCCCUGCUAAGAUGAUGUCUAAGGCCAAUAAGAUCUACAAGGAAUUUAUUGACGUUCAUGCGCCCAGAGAGGUUAACAUAGACCACAGGACCCGAGAAGAAACCAAACAGAGGCUUAUGGAACCAACUCCCAACAGUCUCAAUGAAGUCCAAGCUAAAGUGUACAGCCUCAUGGAGAAAGACUCAUAUCCUCGGUUUAUAAGAUCAAAGAUCUAUCAGGACUUACUGAACAGGACACAGAUAUACUGUCAGAGGAAAUCUGUUUAAAAGUGAAUGUUUAUUUGCUUGCCUGGUUAGAUUAUAUUGAGAUAUUGAGCAGACUUUAAUUGUAAUAUAUAGUAUAGUCUGUGUGUUUACAAAAUAAUUAGAUGAGAAUAAUCAAAUAACAAAGGUCAAAAGAUGAACUAGUUCCUUGCUAGUUUGUGCAUCUAAACUUAAACAUGACCCUUUACUGUGCUUCUUUGCCCAGUUCUAUUUGUAACAUGUGGCUAUAUUCUCUCCCUUCAAUUGUGAUAGAAUGGUCAAUGUUUCUUCUGAAUGCUGGCAAGCAUGUAAAUGUAAAUCAGUCUCUAAAUGGGUAAUAUGUAAGAGUAUGAUCAUUUAUUUUUCUUAUCUUCAAUGUAACUUGUGUACACAUUAACACUGAUAUAUUUCGAUAAAACAACUUAAGACAUGCCUGCUGUGUUACUGCAUGCAGCCUCGGCCUUCAAACAUCUCUGAUUCCCUUAAAAUCUAAAUCUAAAAAUACUUUAAUCCCACACACAUACGCACACUGAAUAUAUUUAUUUUUUUCUCUGAAGAAGUGAUAUUUUUAAUGUAACAUUUAUGUUUGCUUAUUUUGUUGUUUAUUAAUUUAUUUAAGCUUAUUUCAUGUGUUGAUGUUCUGAUGGUUUACAAUGACAUGUUCUUGUGAUGACACUAGAUCAAGUAAAGCAUGUCACUAAACAGUGUUGGUUUGUGGUUUUUUUGACUGAAAAUGUGUUGUUGACAUUUGAAUGUGUGUCAAGCUUUAUUCCUUGAGUUGUCUGGGAAAUUAAAUAAUACAAAUGAAAUAUAAACUCACUCCACUAUAACAACUAUUUUCUUCUGUUUUGCAGUAACAUACAGUAGGUUCAAAAGUUCAAAGUUUCAUUUUUCACAUUCACAAUGGAACAAAGGAAGGAAAAAGUGUUGUACUAGCUUUAAGGGAGAUAAUGUAGAGAGAUAAGUUUCAUUUUACUUUUAUUUUACUAUAAGUGCAUUAAAAAGAGCAAUGUUAUGGAAAUAGUUCACCCAAAAAUGAAAAUUGGCUCACCCUCAGGCCAUCCAACACUGUUAGACAUUUCAAAGGGUUUUUACAGUAACUUAAGUUACUGUAAUCAGAGUCUCUUUAAGACAAGUCAUGUCACUCGGCGGCCAUCUUUGAAACGCCUCUCGGGCAUCCAAGUGCAGCUCCUAUCUCUUUAAAUGGGCAAACAUCAAAUUCUCCAAAACUGUUCACUAAGCUUACAAUUAAAUUUCAUAUUUGAAAUCAUCAAAGAAAUCUGACAACAACUGUAUCAUAAAUGUUGUUUCUUUUGCUCAAAUAGCAUUAUAAAAAGCUUAUUUUUCAGGCUAGAUCAGCCAGUGCGCAUGCGCAGUCCUCAGCGCACGUCUCAGAACGCUGACUGUUUCUAUAGCAACCGGGAUUUCUAAAGGCAGCUGCAGUGACGCGCUGACUUUACCGAUUAGUGAUUGGCGGGGCUUCCUGCGAUUUAGCGUCCAUAUUGAGCGUUGCAUUUUUCUCCAUUC